ACGUGAUGUCAGAUCUGCCCAUUUGACGUCACGGCACUUCCUGGUGCCGCGCGCUGCUUCCGUUCGCAGCCGCUGAGCGGGGCGGCUCCGCGCUCGGUCGAGGCGAUUAUCGCGAUAAUUCGUGCCCACUAAUUGCGGUUAAAUUCCUCCCCUCGCUGUUUCUCCGACGCCUCUUGUUGUUUCGUGUCACCGGCCGCGCCAAGGUAAAAGUGGCGGUUGUGUUUUGGUUUCUUUUUGAGGGGGCCGCCGCCGCCGCGUCUAGUUGGCGACGUGUGGGGGGGGGGAGAGCCGUGCAAUACCCGGGGGAGGCGGGUGGAGAGUCCGUCACGUCGUCACAGCCCAGCGCGCCGCACUCAAGGAUGCCUCUCGAGGCUCUAGCGCUCAACGAGAGAGGCCAGCGAUGACUCACGUGGCACGCCGGUGAGCGAGAGGGCUUCCGCUCGCGCCACCUCCCCUUUCCCCCCGGCUCUCGGAGGAGGAGGUAGAGGGACGAGGACGAGCGAGGAGGAGAAGCAACGAGGAGGGUCGUGACGAAAGGGGCAAGGGGGGCCUGACCCCCCUCCCCCCGCCCCGGCACCGGCUACCCUUGCUCACCGAGGCCGAACGGCAGUGACGACGACGGAGGAAACGGUCAAACGGAGCUCCGUCGCGUUCUCCGAGGGGGAGUGCCGGGGGCGCCGCUCGGAUGGAUGUCAGCCGGCCGAGCGGCGAGGAGAAGAAGGUGGUGGAGGAGGGGAAGAGAAUGUCGCGGACGAGCGUGAGCCGCGGCGGGCCGAGCUCACGGGGUAGCGGCGCGCCCAGCUCCGGCGUGCUCAUGGUGGGGCCCAACUUCCGUGUGGGCAAGAAGAUCGGAUGCGGCAACUUUGGCGAGCUGCGGCUCGGAAAAAAUCUGUAUACAAAUGAAUACGUGGCAAUUAAGUUGGAACCCAUGAAGUCCAGAGCGCCUCAGCUGCACUUGGAGUAUAGAUUUUACAAGCAACUCGGCAAUGCAGAGGGUGUCCCCCAGGUGUACUACUUUGGGCCGUGCGGCAAAUACAACGCCAUGGUGCUGGAGCUGCUGGGGCCCAGCCUGGAGGACCUGUUUGACCUGUGCGACCGCACCUUCUCCCUCAAGACGGUGCUCAUGAUCGCCAUGCAGUUGAUCAGCCGCAUGGAGUACGUGCACUCGCGCAGCCUCAUCUACCGCGACGUGAAGCCCGAGAACUUCCUGGUGGGACGGCAGGGCACGAGCAAGCACCACAACAUCCACAUCAUCGACUUCGGCCUCGCCAAGGAGUACAUCGACCCCGAGACCAAAAAGCACAUCCCCUACCGCGAGCACAAGAGCCUCACGGGCACCGCGCGCUACAUGAGCAUCAACACGCACCUGGGCAAAGAGCAAAGCAGGCGAGAUGACCUGGAAGCACUUGGUCACAUGUUCAUGUACUUCCUGCGAGGCAGCUUGCCUUGGCAGGGUCUCAAGGCUGACACCCUGAAGGAGCGGUACCAGAAGAUUGGCGACACCAAGCGAGCCACUCCCAUCGAGGUCCUCUGCGAAAGCUUCCCCGAGGAGAUGGCCACGUACCUGCGGUACGUAAGGAGGCUCGACUUUUUCGAGAAGCCCGAUUACGAGUAUCUGCGCAAGCUGUUCAUGGACCUGUUUGAGCGCAAGGGCUACACGUUCGACUACAACUACGACUGGACCGGCAAAACGCUCCCCACGCCCAUCGCCUCCAUCCACGCGGACCCAUCGGCAGUGCCCCCGUCGAGCCGCCCGCAGCCCGUGCCCAAGACACAGCCCCCAGAGCACAAGGGAUCGCGAGAAUCCCAGCCUAGCCGACAGUCAAACACUUUGCACUUGGCUGCACAGCUGGCAGCUGACAGGCACGGGGGUUCCACGCAGGUGGUGAGCUCCACGAACGGGGAGCUGAAUACAGACGACCCGACGGCGGGACAUUCCAACGCGCCCAUCACCGCACAGCCCGAGCCUGAGAUGGUGGACGAGACCAAGUGCUGUUGCUUCUUCAAGAGGCGAAAGAAGAAAUCGAUCCAGCGAGUCAAGUGAUUGCGGACAUCGGCCCCGCACCGUGGGACGUGCGUUUCACUUUCACCGCCGUCCGCCAGCCCAGGCCAUCUCAUCCCCCCCCCCAAGCCCCGCUCGCGGGGGGCCUACGGGGCCGUCUUCAAGAACCGGACUGGACUUUGCCGUUCUGGAACUUCCUCACUCGUCGUUUUUGGAAGGAGGGGGGGGGGUGGUGUUGUGUACGCGACGCUCGGACGCACGAGUUUGCUCGCGACGCGGGAAAGAGAAAUUAAAGGCGUUGACCGACCCAGGGCAUAGGAAUAAACCUACGGACCGCACUCGAGACGCCUUAGAAAAUCCUUCAAGACCAACCUGCCGAACGGGAGAAGGCGGCAAAGUGAAAAGGACAAAAGGGAAAAUGAAAAACUCCAAGUUGACUCGUUUAUUUUUCCCCCCGUGCGGAAAAAAUAAAAUGUGUGGGUUGAUGUUAACUUGUGCUGAAGAGCGAUCGGCACUGCUCCUCCUCCUCGGAAAACGGACGCGGAGAGACUGAAAUAAUUUUAAGAUGGCGAAAAAAAAAGGCGUCGUUUGGUCCCACGUUCAGGGGUUCGGCCAAACCCUGCCGACUCGGGACCGCAGCUUGUGACCUCCUUCCAUAGGACCUUAGACCAUCGCUAUCGUGUGAGCAACCCGAAACUUGACGCGAGAUCCACGGGUUGUGUCUUUUGAGCUAAUUUCUAGCGUUCUGCAUUACUUUUGUUUGUGAUCUUUGCUUUUGCCGUACCAUCCACCACUCCUCACCCCCACUGACCCAGCCCCUACUCCCCCCCCCCAUCACCCCUUUGUUAAUUUUAAUCUUUUUCAAAUGUGUUAUAGUUGUUGGCUGUGCCGUUCCGUUUUCCUGAAAUUUGUUUCUGAACUGAAGACGAAAAGUACAGGCUGCAGAAAGCACGAGAGUAAAUUACGAUGUUGGCGGAGGACACCACGAACUUGUCACAGUUUUAUUUAAACCUUUUGUUGUGUAAAGAAGGGUAUAACGUGCCCCCUCCCUCCGGCUCGGGUUAUAGUGGAACACGCAAUCACACCCGGCGAUGUUUGUAAGCAACUGUUUUUUUUUUCGAUGUGCCUGGCAGCACUGUCGUCCUGGCAUGCAUGUGAAGCGGUGCAGAAAACCCAGCGUCAUCUUCACGCCGCCUGUUUUUCUUGACUUUUUUUUCAUGCCGCGUAAAAUAUUCAAAGAGUCGGGCAGACCUUGCUCCAACCAACGGUCGUCACCGUGCAACCUCGGGCUCGGUUUACGGCCGGUUCUAGAGCCAACUUCUUGUUCUCCCCGUCUACUGCUGGUCUUAAAUUGCUGAUUCUUCAUACGUUGGAGUCACCAGCACACUCCGGCUUGGUGGUACAAAGGAACUCGAUCCCGUGCCGAGCACUCGGGCAAUUUUAUUAGUUGAACUCUUGGUGCCGGCCUCGGGCUCCGGCUCUCCCGCGUGACCCCUCAGCCACUGUUUCCUUGAGGGGGAAGGGGGCAGAGCCCCCCCCCCCUCUUAAAAAAAAUUGUAAAAGUUUCUGAGUGCCCGGCGCAGGUUGGAGCGAGUUCAUUUGCACCAAGUUGGGGUGGUGUCGGUGACCACCGUAUGAGAACCGGGUUUUAACGCGAGUACUAAAACCCAGUUUGUUGCACUAUGUUAGCAGUAGAGGCGUUGCAGGAGGAUACUUUACUGUGGGCUGUCAUUCACAUUGCAUUAAUAAAGUUGAAUUUUUUAAAAAAGAGAAAUGCAAAAAUGUCUAAGUUGAACACUUUAGGAUGGUUGUGUUCAGUAAUUGCAGUACAUCUGGCACGUCCGUUACAUGUGUUGUUAAAGGGGCGUGGCAUUUAGAAGUUGCUUAACCAGUUAAUUUUUAACAACCCUAGUUUCUGGAUAGUGAAGUUUUGUGCUGUGCAUUUUGUGUCCGUAAUUUUUUUUAGUUUGUCAUUUUAAUAACAUUUUGACCAAAUACGUCGUGUAGAUAAAAGUGGGCAAAUUGUCUCCGGCUGAAAUGUCUUUGCUCACGGUGUAAAAAAAAAAGUGGCUAAAUUGACAUGAGAAUUAUGAUGUUAGGGUCGCAUGAACGAGAAGUAACAUUUUGAAAAAGCAGAAAUAAAAUAACAAUUGAAACUGGCUGAACAAAAGGUACGUUACCAAGUUUAUCUUUGAUAAGUCCACGAUACAAGAUACACGUUGAAUUUAUUUAAACAUAACAUUCUUCACACAUCUUCCUUUACAAAAAGUGGCUGGCAACUUCAAGACAAUGGGGGAAAGAAGACAAUGGGAUGGAAACGUCUCUGUGGGUCUCCACGCAGGGCAGCGUGGCGGCUGUUGGUGGUGUGGGAGAGACUCAGUGACAUGGGAAGGGAGGUGGGGGGUGUAAGUGACUGCUGUUGAAUCCCUGUAUACAACGAACAUCGUAUGGAACUUGGCUGCAUGUUUAAGUUACAUAUGCUUAUUGGCGGAUCAUUGUGUGUGUCGGUUGUGGCGUACGAAGACAAAACCAAGGCUUUUCAACAUCACUGUAGUUUAAAAAAUGUAAAUGAUUUAUUUUGGGUUUUCUUUCUUUCUCCUAUUUUGGUUGGUAAAUAGUCAGAGCACUCGGCCAACAAGCAAAUCAGGGGGUGCGACAUAUUUCUGAUUGUAGCCAAGAGACGGUAAGUUUGUUUUCUUGGUUUUAUAAUCGUUUGGAAACGUGUGUAUAUUGCGCUGCUAUACGAAGAUGUUGCAUUAUACUGUAGAACUGUUCCAUUACAUUAAAAUCAAUUAAAAAAAGAUGUUUACAAUAAAACUA